UUUGUUCUGUCUAUUAUAGAAAAGUAUAUUAAAAAGACGUACAAAAAACAGAAGCACAGUUUACAGUGGUUAUGUGUUGCAAAGGACGUAAAAACAAUGUGCGAGUCCAAUUUGUUUGAUGACGUAACUUCCGCCCUUCGGAGAUUCGUGUGUAAGUUACAUGGCGUAAUGGAUGAUCACAACUAUUCACCUACUCUUCACGUGUUGUUUGAUAAACAAAAAAAUGAACCUGUCGUAUCGGACCAAGAAAUUGUAAACCUGUUGUGGAGCAUGUUAGAAGAACUACAAAAUAUACUAGAGUAUUCCAAUGUCUUUCCUAAGCGAGUCAAGGUCUGGAUGGACGAGACAAGACCGACCAGUGAUAAAUGCUUACAGACUGAUCCUUCCAUGAUGACUGAUGAUAAACUUAUUCAAAUCACCUGUGAUAAUAACGAAUUCAAACGUCGUAUUGAUGCGUUUAUUAAACGAAAACGAAUAGAGUCCGAUACGUUUAAUCGUCGCGAAUUCUGUAAAAUACACAGUGAUCCGACAACAAUAUCGUGUGCACGCACUGAUGCUGUUUUUGUUCAAAGAAGGAGUCAAAAAAGUUUAUUAAAAAUUAAACGUGUUCACAAUUUGUCAGGCGACCGCAAGAAUGAACCGAUCAAGCUUGAUGAAGUGAAAAAUUGGCCUCCUUUGCAUCCGUCCACCUUGCUACCGUUUCAUAAAUUACCACACGAUUUGAAAGAAAGGGUGGGAAACAUACAGGCAAUUUUAUUCGAAAAUAGACCGUUAAAUCAAUUUGCGAACGUUUAUGAAGUUGUGCGAGCCCUGGAAAGUAGAGUAUUGUACUUAGAAUCUCUGUCACCAGAGUACUUUCAAAAAUCUAUAGGCGUAACAUCACGUGGGCCAGUGGUUAACACGGACUUUCGACGGGAGGGUGAAAUGAACCAAAGGGAGGAAGGUGAAAGUGGUAAUCUGGCGCUUCUGGAAGAGAGGAUUGCACAAUUACAGGAGAAAUUAAGACAGAAAAGUAAAAAUUUAAAUAAAGACUAAAAACAAAUAAUCUUUUUUUUCUUCUAAUUUACGUUUAUAUAUGUAAAAAUAAAA